GUCUGUUACCGAGUAAUGGUGGACUGCGCAAACUUUUUAUUCCUUCUUCAAAUUAAAUAAGUUGUUUGAACCUCUUUACCAAUUGAUCGAGCCAGUUUUCUGUACAAAUUCACAUGGAUGUCAACUCAGAGGAGAAGCCUUCUACAUGUAAGGUCCGUGACGCUGAUUUAUCCCAGGACUCUGAGUUAAAGCCUCAUGUGAAAAUGCAGACAGGAGUGAAGCCAUACAAGUGUGAGAUAUGUGAUGCUGGUUUCUCUCAGAAAAGUCAUUUACAAACACAUAAACGAAUACACACAGGAGAAAAGCCAUACAUAUGUGAUGUUUGUGAUGCUGCUUUCUCCCAAAAAAGUCAUUUACGAACACAUAUAAGAAAACACACAGGAGAGAAGCCAUACACGUGCGAGUUGUGUGCUGCUACCUUCUCAGAGAACGGUCAUUUACAAACACAUAAACGAAUACACACAGGAGAGAAGCCAUAUUCUUGUGAGUUGUGUUCUGCCUCUUUUUCCCAGAUAGGUCAUUUACAAACGCAUAGACGAAUACACACAGGAGAGAAGCCAUACAAAUGUGACUUGUGUGCUGCUGCAUUCUCUGAGAAAGGCCAUUUACAAGCACACAAACGAAUACACACAGGAGCGAAGCCGUACAAAUGUGAGGUGUGUGGUGCUGCAUUCUCCAUGAAAGGUGUUUUACAAAAACAUAUCAGAAUACACACAGGAGAUAAGCCAUACAAGUGUGAUGUAUGUGCUGCUGCUUUCUCUCAGAAAUGUAAUUUACAAUCACAUAUGAGAAUUCACACAGGAGAGAAGCCAUUUAAGUGUGAGUUAUGUGAUGCUGCUUUCUCUCUAAGAAAUACUUUCAAAGCACAUAUAAGAAGACACAAAGUGUAAUGUACUGCAUUCUACCAACUGUACAUAUUUAACAAAAUUGAGACAAAACUUGAUGUUUUACCCUCAAAGAUUCAUAUCGGAGAAUGCGCAGUAGAUAAGUGAAACAAAUAAAAGAAAUGUGGUGCUCAGUGGUGUCACCUAAAAUGCAAAGGAAAGCACAUUUUAGGAGAUGACUGGUACAUAUUGAGGCAUUAAAGCUGAAAAAAAAGUUGUCAACAUAGUCAAUCUGUGCGAGUGCAGCUUUAAGAGAUAAAUAAUACAUAUUGUGGGAGUGACAUUAAGCUCUGCCAAUAGCCUACUAAUAACUUGUACGUACUGACACAUGUCAAGAGAGAAGUGAAACAAAUGGAUGAACCGGGUGAUUCUCCUUCCACUCUUACAUGUUAACGUGAGAGGACACACAGGAGAGAUAUUGAAGACAUGUGAUUCUCUUGUCACCUAAAACUUCUCAGGAGAGAACUGAUACAAAUGAAAGGCAUACAGGAGAUAAGUAAUACAACUGAUGAAAUAGACAUUAGGCUCUGAUCAUUAUUAUUAUUAUUAACAUUAUUAGUAUCAUUAUUAGAAGAAGAAGAACAAACUGACAAACGAGGGAAGUGAUACGAUUGGGAGGAUAACGUGGUGCUGAUUUCAUUCAUAGAUGUACAUGAGAGUAUACUCUGGAGAGAAAUAAAAUACUUGGUAAAACAAGUGAUGCUGAUAAAAUUUCACUCUCAUAGUGUCUACAGGAGAGAAAUGAAACAAUUCAGAGAAGCAUGCGAUACUGUUUUCCUCUUAGAUUCACACAAGAGUAAACAUAGGAGAGAAAUAAAAAAAAAAAUGGAGAAACAUGAGAAAAAAGAGGCAAGUGACACAAAUGGACGGGAUUUGUGAUGCAGCGUUCACUUGAAGAUUUACAUUAGACUUAGCAUGCCUUGUACAUACCAUGUGGUUUGUACGUCCUAUGUUAGCAGACACUUGAUAUUUGAUAUAUACGUUGAAAGAAACAAACAUCCUACGUAAGCAUUGCAACAGACGUCGUACGUAAGCAGAUACUUGAUGUUAAUCAUUUGAUAGUAUGUCCAAUGCAAGCAGUUCACUUGGUGUGAACUGCUUGAUCUACGUAAACAGAAACUUCAUGUGUAUGUAGUACUUUAAGCAGCGAGCUGUUCUAAUAUAAUUUGUGUUAAUAUUUUGAUUCACAUGCACUUAUUAAAUUUUACAUAUAUAUGUAUAAUUGGUAUUGCAAACUAUUCUUUGAAAUAAUUUAUAAAUAAUCUGCCUUAAUUAAAUAAUCUGCCUUAAUUUUGAUUAUUGUACAUCCUUGACUUUAUUUUUACUCAAAGGGCAACCAUUUAAAAUAAGCUAUAAACGUAUUAAUAUACGGGUUGUUCAAAUGAGGACUGUGUUUCCGUGGAAAUAAAGCUUACAUGAACUCCUUAAAAUUUUAAAAGAAACGAUUCAAGUGAAAAAGUAUGUAGUGCGGCCUCAAAAGGGUCAUUUGCAGCAACACGUAAGAACACUUACAGGAUGGAAAUCAUUCAGGUGUCGAACAUGGAGUAUCACCUGUUAAAAA